AUGCCAACAUCGAUCAUGCAGAAAAACUACAGUCAUUGCCCGCUCAAAAAGCGGCCAGUCUUCAUUGAUGAAGAGGUUAAAAAUGAUUCUGAAUCCGACAUGGAACCAGAGAACCUGAGUACAAAACCAGAGGAUCUCUCGAUGAAAAAAAAGAAGGCCCGCUCGGAAUCCCCGGUGGCAAUUGUAAUCAAAGCCGAAGAAACAUUGCCAACACCACCACCUUCGUCGUCGCCGGAUCCCAGUGAAACCAAGUCUCCGAUUUCCGUUCCUACUCCUAUCUACGGAUCACACCCGUCAAUUUACUACCCAGCUACCCGGUCGCCAACCUCGCCAGCAGAACCUCUGCACAGCUUUUACAAAUCCGCACCUAAUGUGUACUCCGGCUACCCGCACUUCCCGUACGCAAUGCCUUAUCCAUCGGAUCUCUACAACCUGUAUCAUCAUCACAUCUCGCCACCACGAUCGGAGCCUCUAUCGCCGUAUGCUCAACGUGAAAGCUCUGUCUCACCACCGCAUCCUGGACACUACGUUCGCCAGGAAUCGAUCUCACCACCGACGAUGGUUCCGGCCUAUCCUGCCUCGGAACUUCGGAUAAAUCAAAACAACAACAUCAUCAAAUCCGACUCCUUCGUUCGCCAGCACCGCUAUAUGCCAUACAGUCUCAGCCAUCAUCAUCAGCUCAUGAUGCCUGUAGAUCAUCCUUCGCUAUCGCCAGCCUCCAGCCACACUUCAUUCAACUCUUACCUGUCAUCGAAUCGCUCACUGUCGCCAGCCCGAUCCAGUCCAUCAACACUGUCCGAGGAAAACAACAACACCAGUGCAUCUCCGUCAAUCUUGACCGAGAAGUCAACCUCCAGCUCCAACAUCCAGAAAGUGAAAAGUGAUAAACCGGGCGACAAGCCCACUAGCUCCGGUGCACCGCGCUACCAGUGUCCGGAUUGUGGAAAGUCCUACUCCACCUACUCUGGCCUCUCGAAGCACCAACAGUUCCACUGUCCUGCGGCCGAAGGCAAUCAGGCUCAGAAGAUUUUCGUCUGCAAAGAAUGCAACAAACCGUACAAAACCCUCGGUGCCCUUAAGAUGCACAUCCGAACUCACACGCUCCCCUGCAAGUGCAACCUCUGUGAUAAGGCUUUCUCGCGACCGUGGCUGCUGCAGGGACACAUCCGCACCCACACCGGUGAAAAACCGUUUGUCUGCAAACUCUGCUCGCGAGCCUUUGCCGAUCGGUCUAACCUUCGAGCGCACCAGCAAACUCACGAGGACGUGAAACGGUUUAAGUGCCCAACCUGCACGAAAUCAUUCUCCCGCUUACCACUACUCACGAAGCACAAUGAAACUGGAUGCCCGGGCAUGCAGCUUCCAGGAUCGCAGCCGGCUCCAAGUUCUCCAUCGCAGCAGUCGCACGAUGAAAAGUACAUCCCUACAGUGUUAUCGCAUAGCAACAUUGCCGUCUACUAG